AGUCGCCAGCCGCCAGUCGCGGCGAACAGCUGCGAGCUGACUUGAGUGUGUGGGCCGCGGUGCUGCGUCGACAUUCAAGAAGACUGUAGCUGCGGUCGUCUUGUUCCAGAGGUAGGACCUGUCUCGUCUUGCAGAUACCUCGCCCAGACCGGUCUGCUGAGACCGCCAUGCGGCUGUGGAAGCGACGCUGCUCGGACCCCAGCCCGCAGCUGGUGAGCCUGUCGCCGCUCAGCCAGGACGAGCCACCACCCGAGCCGCCGCCCGCCGAGGCCCAGCCCCGCCCCGCUCGCAAAGGGCUGGCCACGUGGGGCAAGAAGGUGGGGCGACGCUGGGAGCAGCUGAAGCGCAGCGACUCCUCGGAGCUGCUGGCGGUGACUCCGGGCCGCCGCCGCCACUGGUCGCCCAACAAGGCCGCCCCCGAGGGCACGCAGGCCGGCCGCCCGCGCCGCAUCUCGCGGGUCGAGUCGCUGCGCAACCUGUUCGCGCGCUCCGGGGGCGACGCCCCGCGCCCCGCGGCCGACAAGCGGACCGGCGCGGAGGCGAGCGAGGAGUGUCGCAAGGGCCUCGCCGACCUGUACCGCCUCGAGGAGGCCCAGCAGAGGGCCGUGGAGGGCCUGCUCCAAGAGGCCGGCGGCCCGGGGACCUGUGAGGACCUGCUGGCCACCCUGAGGACUCUGCCCGUGCUGGCGGAGGAGACCCCCAGGCACGGCCGCCGGCGCCAGAGGGCCGUGUCCGCCGGCUGCGACGACCUGGGCGAGCUCUGCGCCCUCCUCGGCCACCUGCUGGCGCGCUCCGACGAGAGCGGCUACGAGAGCGACUCCACGCGCGCCGGCUCCGACUCCCCGCGCGGCUCCAUCAAGUCCUCGGCCUCCGGGGUGCAGCCCCGCCGCGGGGUCGCGCCCUGCCCCGGCGAGGAGGACAUCGGCGCCAUCACGGAGGAGGAGUCCCCGGACACGUCCGACGACAGCCUCCAGGGCGACUGCCCCCGGCGCCCCAGGGCCGCCGUCGACGACAAGCCGUCCUUCUCGCGCAAGAGGAACACCGGCAUCCGGAGGGGCGACGUGAAGAGCGCGGGGCUGGCGGUGUCGCGGCGCCCGCGGCCCGAGGGGGAGGGGGGCGGAGCCCCGGGCGCGGGGUCCGAGCCGGCGGGGCAGAGGCCGGGGGAGGGCGCCGGCGACCCGGGGCUGCACGUCGAGAGGAAGGACGCGCUGUCCAGGUCUGCGGGCUACGCGGUCGCCUCCGUGGAGCCCGGAGGACUGGCUCACAGGGACGGGCGCCUGCAGGCCGGCCCCGAGGCGCUGGCGGCGAGCGGGCGGCGCCUGCGCGGCCUCGCGCCGGGAGACGACGCCAAGGCGCUCACGGGCAUGAGGAAGUUCUCCCAACAGCUGGAGCAGACGGCGCCGCGACGCCGCAGCUGCGCCCUGGCGGCGGGGGCGGGGGGCACCCUGCCGCGCCGCCCCAAGUCCCAGGGCCUGGCCAUGUUCUCGGUGGCCUUCCGCAAGGGUCCGGGCCACAAGUCGCUGGGCUUCAGCGUGGUGGGCGGCCGGGACUCGCCCAAGGGCAGCAUGGGCAUCUUCGUGAAGACCGUGUUCCGGUCGGGCCAGGCCGCCGAGGAGGGGAGCCUCAGGGAAGGGGACGAGGUCCUGGCAGUGAACGGCUGCCCCCUGCAGGGCCUGACGCAUGCGGAGGCCAUCAACCUCUUCAAGAACAUCAAGUGUGGCGACGUGGUGGUGCAGGUCGGCCGCAGGGACCCUCAGCAGCGCAGAGCCAGCAAGUCGAAAUCCUGCGACGACCUCGACAAAUUCAACUGACCUCCAUCGGCGGUGCACGUUCCCCGGGGACUGAGCGCUCUGUUACCUCGGCUAGGCUGCAAACAGCUUGGAUUUCCGAGGAGGAAACGUCAAUCAGUUUUGCAGCUUCUUUGGCGCGCAACAUGCGUUGUGCCGAUAGCCACCACGGAUAUGGUUAUGCAUGUUGACAAGCGCAUCCCGUAGCGCUAUCUGUGUUUUUGUCGUGCGGAGCCAUUCUGUUCUAAUACCAUUUUCAUCCAGGCAAUAUGUUGGUUUUAUAUGACAUCAAUAUGGUGAAUAGUAUUUUUUUUUAUAUAACUUCUUGAUUUACUCUGUAUUUUAUAUAUGUACUUAAAUCAUGCUUAAAAUGGUUCUACACAUGAUUAUAUAGGAUUCUAAGUAUUCAUUUACUUCUUUAUGCAUAUACUAUUUUAUAAGUG